AGGUCAUUCGGGACGAAUAUGAAGUUGAAACUGGAAAUGGGAAGAACUAUUAAAAGGAAAUCAAGAAGCACAGUCAUGUUUGAGGAUCCAAGAAAACAUAAGAGGACAAGUACACCAAAAGUCAAAAGCCCCAGGAGUGUAGUCAAGGGAUCUAAGGGAGAGGGUCAACCACAUCCUUCAAACAUUGGUGACCGGUUUUCAGAAGGGUCUCUGAAUCCAUAUGCAUAUGCGCUGACUUUUCCUAAAUUGUUUGUUCAAGUUCUCUUGGACUUUCAUUAUGACGGCAGUCAUAUGUCUUUUCCUUGCAGAUGCUAUGAUUAAGAACUUUGAAGAAACUCUAGCAACUAAUAGGUUGGCUACAGAGAGUCUGAACACUAAAUUGGGUGAGGUGCAUCUUGAGUUAAAGUUGAAAGAGGACGAAAUCAGACGUUUGAUAACUGGUCAGGAGAACUUGGAAACAGAAAAGUAUGAUCUUCAUAUGAGCAACAAUGACCUUGUUAAGAGAUUAGAUAUGUCAGUCCUUGAGAUAAAGAAUCUUGAAGGUUUUGUUCAUGUGUUGGCUGCACAUUUGGCUGAAUUGGACAGAGUUAGUUUGAACUUUCUAGAAAAGUUUGAUAAGCUAAACUCUGUCUACGAGGCUUGCUUCCGGUUGGUCAAUCAGGAGAGAGACCUUUCUGCCAAGCUUGCUAAUAGACAGUAUGAUCAACUGCACGUCAGGUUCUUGAACUUGACAUCAGAAAAAGAUGCUAUACAAUUGGUAAAUCAGGAGUUGAACAAUAAGGUCAUGGAACUUCAGAAAGUUCAGGAGUCUAUUAUGGCACAACUUUCAGAGGAAUGCCGUAUAGCCAGGGAGAGGAUACAGAAGUUGGAGUUUGAAGCUGAAGCUCUGGUCUCAAAGAAGAUUGAAACAGAGAAGUUGGUGUCUGAAUUAGAACUGCAAAUUGAUUCUCUGUCAGAAAGUUCAAGAUCAUCUGAGAAUAAAAGGCAAAUUCUGUUGCUGAAAAUCUCAGCACUAGAAACUGAGAAUAAAGAUAAUACAGAGAAACUACAAGCAGAGAUACAGAAGAAAGCGGAACAAAUAGAUGGUUUACUGAAGCAAGGUGAAACACAUGAGCAGCAUGUAGAUUUGAUGGAUAAACAAGUCAGCCAGCUUCAUAGCACACUAGAGGAAAAGGAGCAACUUAUUGUGCAAUAUAAGGAACGAGAGAAGAAUCUGGAAGAACAGAUCACAGAGAAUCUUGCAUCGCUGACUGCUGCUGAAAUUAAACUUGUGGAAGAUAAGAAACACUAUGACCUCAUGCUUGAGAGUAAACAACUAGAACUGUCAAGGCAUUUGAAAGACAUAUCUCAGAGGAAUGACCAGGCAAUUAAUGACAUCCGGAAGAAGUAUGAGGUGGAGAAGCUGGAGAUAGUUAACAUGGAAAAGCAAAAGGCAGAAAAACUUGUUCGAGAAAGGGCGAUAGAAUGUGAGAAAAAACUUGAAGAAUGCAGAGAAGAAUCUAGGCAGCACUUAAUGCAUGUUCAGGAGGAACAUACUGCGCUGGUCAGUAGUCUUCAGCAGGAGCAUGAUAAAAAGGAACGAAGUAUAAAAGCUAAACACAGUGAAGAGCUAAAGCAGAUCCAACUUCAAGCUGAAAACGAGUUGAGAGAGAAAAUUUCAUCAAUGAGGAAUGAACAUGAAGCCCAACUGAAAGCUUUGAGGCUUCAGCAUGAAGAUGAGAUUAAGAAGCUUCAGGAGGACUUGGAUCUUCAAAAGUCCAAAGAGGAGAAGCAGAGGGCAUUACUGCAAUUGCAGUGGAAAGUUAUGAGUGAUAAGCCAGAAGAGGAGCAAGAAGUGAAUUCAAAGAAGGAAUACUCAAUUUCGUCAAGGAGAAACCCUGUUGUGAGAAGGAGAGGUCAGCGUUCUCUGAGAAGACCAGAGCAUGAGAAAGAUUCACCUCUAGUGGGAGCAAAACAAACACCUGUGUCAACACUGUUGAAGAAAGCUUCAGAGAAUAUCAAUUCACCAACUGUAAUGAAUAUUUCAAAGCACCACAAAAAGGUAAUUCGUGACGAAUAUGAAGUUGAAACUGGUAAUGGAAGAACUAUUAAACGGAAAUUAAGAAGCACAGUCAUGUUUGAGGAUCCAAGAAAACAUAAGAGGACAAGUACACCAAAAGUCAAAAGCCCCAGGAGUGUGGUCAAGGGAUCUAAGGGAGAGGGUCAACCACGUCCUUCAAACAUCGUUGACCUGUUUUCUAAAGGGUCUCUGAAUCCAUAUGCUGAUGAUCCAUAUGCAUUUGAUUAAGGUCAGGAAAGAAACCGCUAUGGUACCUCUUAAAUGCCUCACACACUAGCGGGCAUGUGAUCUGAUCGUGUACAGGAUUUGGUCUUGCGUAUAAGUGGACAUAGAACUAGGGCAAUUUUUACUGAUUUGGAUCAUCAGUUCUGAAUUCUUUGUCAAUAUGGGAUUUUGUAAUUAGUUAACAUCACACACUUUGUACAUAUGGGG